AUUCACUAAUGAUCAAAUCUGCGGAAUUCGUGAUGACUGUAAGCAGUUUUAUCUUGAGGCCUACUAAUUUACCUCAUGUGCUGGCACUCGCUAGCUAACGUAGCUAGCAAUUCACUAAACUUCGUGCUGUAUGCGGAGCAUGGAUGUAUUAUUCAUCCACGAUGUGGAGUAGGAAAAAUGAUCAAUGAUUGGCGAAUUGAAAUAUAUUUCAUUCAAAACUUUUCGGGUAUCUGAAUGGCAGGGACACACCGGACGUGGAAGCGAAUAGCCGCGAAGCGCCGCCAUUUUCCUUUCGGGGCACAUAUUAACCGAUUAUGUCGUUCACACCAGAAGCAAUCCGGUCUGGUCUAGAACCCUCUAAACCAGGGGUCACUAACUGGCGGACCGCGGUCCGGGUCCGGACCCAGAAGCCGUCCCAUACGGACCCGGACCUACAGCCAGCUUUUGUAGUCAUUACGGUAGUGGUUUAGCGGAGCUUCCGUUUUUUCUAACAGGCGCAGCUUUUGUAGUUAUUACGGUAGUGGUUUAGCGGAUGAGGAAGCGCAUUGACCAAUUGCAUGCGAGUAAAGCCAUCCCAUGUGAUACUACUCAGCCAAUCAAGUCUGUGCAUUCACGGCGGUAAACAUUGCGACGCUGCAGACAGAUGACAGAGUUAGAGGUAAAAAAGAAGAAAAGGGAUGAGGCCCUCAUCAAGGAAAAGAUGCAGCGUACAUUCUCCCUCAGGAGACAGGAGGUUCUCCAGGAGCCAAAGAUUCCAGAGUUUUUCAAUAAAUGGCCAGCACUCUUUGACGUCAUUGAGAUCAACUUGGAGUUUAUGCGGCUGACAACUGUACCACUGACCUUAACAUUUUUGAGGGAACUGGACCGCCUGACCGGCGACCUGAUCAGGGUUUUCAACACUAAAGGGGGAGCUGCAGGGGAAAAAAUCGGAGCCAUGAUGGCAAAGAUGGAGAAUAAUCAAGACAUCAACGUGAGGCGUGAUUGCGUUUUGAGAUGUCUCAGCAUCUACCUCUGUGAAGACCUGGACACAUUGGUCAAAGAAUACGUGGAAGUAAAUCCAAAUGGUCCGGAGGGGCCUGAGGUGAAGAGACGGGUCCUGGCACCUAAGCGUCUCCCAUCUGCCAGCAACAAUUCUGCCCCAAACACGAAGGAUGCAUGUUGUGGACUCUCAGCUUAUGAGCUCCAACGCCUGAAGAACAUCGGGGAGAGGGAAGCCUUCUUUUCGUCCUUGAUGUUAUUGCAAGCAGCUGAGGAUCUGAGGCAGACUAUAAAGCCAAAGCCGGAUGUGAAGAGGUCAAAUGCUUCGUUGGAUAAAGUGCAGUCUCUUCUGUCUUCCCGGAAAUCCUUGCGUCUUAAGGAAGCACAAAACCUUAGCCUCAGAGUAGGACGAACCUAUGAACAUGACAUCGAAUGCAGUGAGGCCGAGGCAGAUGUCGCAGGGACAACCAUGGCAAUCUACACCGUUCAAGCUGAGGGUGAUGAUCAUGAUGGUCCUGGUGGACUCUUUGCAGAUGUCGGUAUGGUCCUGGAAGGGGUCCAAGUUCUCAACAACCUCCAAAGUAUCAACCAUGCAUGCAUAAUGCUUUAUGGGUUGGUCUAUGCUCUUAAUUUGAGCUAUCCAAAAAACUUGAAGUAUACAUUCGAAGCUUACCAGAAGAUCCUGAUGGACCUGGAAUCGUCCAAGCCUUCAGCCAAAGUACGAGCACUGAAACUCAAAUUGUUCAGGUGACUCUUUUUUUGGGGUGGGGUGGUGAUGGGAGGAGGAAGUACAGGAAGAGACCUAUGUUCUACUACUAUAUGUUUAAUGUUGUUGAGCCUGAAGAGUUUGUUCUGUCCUUUCAUAUCCCAUUACAGCGAUCGUUCCAGCAGAUACAGAUGUAAGGAAUGUUGUUGAGCCUGUAGUUUGUUUGUUUGUUCUAGAUCUAGAAAAAAGAGCAGGUCCUUUACUGCCAUUGUUGGAGCAGAUACUAACUUGCCUCUGUUCUAUUGCAAUUACAAAACAUGUUUCAUGUUCCAUCUAUAGCAGUAGAUUACUUGGUUGAAGAGCUACACUACCUGCUGAGUACAGUGUCUGUGUGAAGAGAAGCGUUAAUAAAUUAGUUGAAUCAACAA